GGUAGUGGCGGACGCCCAUCCCCGCCGCCUCGGGGCGGUCCGCGGCGGGGCCGGGCGGCUGCGCACACGGGGCGGCCGGGCCCGCCCCCGCCGCUCGGAACGGCAGCACCGCGGACAGCGCCGGUGUCCCCGCGCCGCCCGGCACGGCCCCGGUGACAGCGCCGGUGUGUGUCCCCCCCCCGCGACCCCCGGCCCCCGCCGCGCCCCGGCACAGCCCAGCCCGGCCCGGCCCGGGGCCACGCCGCGCCAUGGCCACGGAGGUGCACAGCCUGCAGGAGCUGCGGCGUAGUGCAUCCCUGGCCACCAAGGUCUUCGUGCAGCGGGAUUACAGUGAAGGGACCACAUGCCAGUUCCAGACAAAGUUCCCCGCCGAGCUGGAGAGCCGGAUCGAGCGGCAGCUCUUUGAGGAAACUGUGAAAACCCUUAAUGGCUUCUACGCCGAGGCAGAGAAGAUUGGGGGCAGCUCGUACCUGGAGGGGUGUCUGGCCUGCGCCACCGCCUAUUUCAUCUUCCUCUGCAUGGAGACGCACUACGAGAAGGUACUGAAGAAGAUCUCCAAGUACAUCCAGGAGCAGAAUGAGAAGAUCUAUGCGCCCCGGGGGCUGCUGCUCACCGACCCCUUGGAGCGUGGCAUGAGGGUCAUCGAGAUCUCCAUCUAUGAGGACCGGUGCAGCAGCGGCAGCUCCAGCAGCGGCAGCUCCAGCAGCAGCAGCGGCGGCGGGGGCGGCGGGGCGGGGGGUCGGUGACUGGCCGGGAGUCCCUGCAGGGACUCGUACUGCCGGGACAGUGGCCUUUCCGAGCUCCGCAGGCUGCACUACCAGAGCACCCGCUUCUGAGCCCAGGGAGGGUGGGAGGGGGAGGCCGGGGGCUGCCCAGAGGGGCUGCCCACCCCACCUCUGUUCUGUGCCCCCCGCAGUGGCUCUGCCGCUGCUCAGACCCACUGCGGGCAGGGGCUGGUGCUGGGGUGUCCCAUGUGCUUCCCACUGAGCCAAACCAGUGCCAAGGGGCUGCCGCAGCCCCCCGGGGCACUCUGCGCUGCUGCCCCUGCCCCAAGCGAAGGAGCUUGCCCUGCCGCGGGCAGCACCCUGCGUGCCAUGCAUGGGGGAGCAAAGCCCCAGGCAGCUCUAAAGGGGGGGGAUACAGGCUUAUCCCUUGCUGCACCCCCUCCCUGGGGCGUCCCGCUCUUGGUGCUGCAGGGUGGGCUCAGCCGCCGUGUGCCCACUGCCCAGGGAGCCUGGCAGAGCCCUGGUGCUGCUUCAUCUGCAUGAUGGUGCCAUGCAUUCGCCCCGGCCCUGCCCCCCGCGCUGCCCGUUGCUGCUCCCCAGCCCUGGCCAGACGCCCUCACCCUUCUGGCAGCAGCAUCCUCCUGCACUGCCCGCCACACUGGGCACUGGUUUCUGCUCCCUGCCUGACUUGGUGUCACGCUCAGCCAGACUCAGAAAGGUCCCCAACCCUAAGCCCCGUGCCCAGGGCAGGGAAGUACAGCACUGGCCAGGCCCCUGCCCUUGUGCUGUGUGCCCUGGGCUAGUGCAUGGCCCAGCAUAGUGGAGGCUGAGCUGUGGCAUAGGUGAGCCAGGCUCCCUGCCCAGUCCUGGCAGAGCCUGCCCCACACCUGGCUGCCAGCAGCCCCCUGCCUGCUCUGCCCCAUGACCUGCUCCCAUGCAGGAAGUAGAUCCACCAGGACCCUUCCUCUCCUGCUGCUGAACCCUCCCCUGCCCACACAUCCUGCAUGCUUCUGCCACCAGCACCCCGAUUCUCAGCCCCCGAGGAGCACCUGGGCCCAGCUGCAAGGGGUGGGGGUUCAUGGGCCAGGGUCAGAUGGCGGGAAUUGGAGGGUCCCUGUGACAUCCAGCACCCUGGGAAGAAGAGCCCCUGCCUGGGUGCAGCGCUGAACCGAGAUGGUGUUUCUCUCACAGGGUCCCGGAGGAAGGACCCUGCCCUGUGGGACUCCUUUUGGCUUGGCCACAGCGGUGUGUGUGCAGGGUGGCCCUGGCCCCGCCGUUCCUGCUGGGGCCCCCCUGCAUGGAGACCUUCCUCAAUAAACCCCGCACUUCAUCCUC